CUGAUGCAGGGAUUUCCCCUGUGGGAAAACGGAGGCAGAGCCCACGGAGUUCAUGUAGUCGGUGUCAGAUUUAACGUAACACACAUGGACGUGUUUGUAAGGUCACGGAGAACGCGGCUCCACCGUUGGACCGAACUCCCAGGCAGCACUAAAGCUCAGAGCAGGGCCAGGAACCUUUCACGUGGAGCUUGUUCCCAGCCGGAAGCCUAUUGCAGGCACACCGCUCGUACCCGUAAACAGUCCGCGGGUGUGGGUGCACGCGCUGCUGCUUUCCUGUAAAAUUAACGUAAAUUUGAAUGAGGACUGAAGCCGCUCUCAGGAUGGAGCUCUCCACUUUACUUCAUGACCUUCAUCUCUCCUCCUCCUCCUCAGAGGAGCAGUCCCCUUCCUCUCCUCCUCCAAUCACAGAGCUCCUUUCUCAGCUGAGGGAGAAGCUGAUUGGUUCCCGUCCUAAAUCCCACUCUCUGAUUGCUCAAAUAAAGCAGCUUUUCCAGUACGCUGGAUCUGACUGGCUGUUCUCUCCAGCCAGCCAGGACAGUAGGUGGGCGGAGCUUGAAGCAGCAUAUGUCUCUCUGAUCAGUGCUCUGAUUGGCUGUGCUGCUCUGCCGCUCUGUGAGGAUGACUGCAGCCCUCUGAGCGCUGCGGCCUAUCAGAGCAUCCCCACACAGGCAGCGGCGGUGUGUGCCGCUCUCACGGCUCUGCUAACAACUCUGGGUGACAGGCGGAAAGGGGGCGAGGCCAGAGAACGGACAACCAGUCUGCUACUUGCUGUUGCUCCACCCACCUGCGUGUUUGCUGUCACACAUUUCCAGGAUCAGGUGUGGACUAGCUCCGCCUCCAGAGCAGCAGCAUGCGGCCUGCUGGAGACGCUGCUGAGUGCAGGAGGGUGGAGAGACUCCGCCCACCUGCUGGCUGGGGACACGGAGGGGAGCAGAGGGAUUCUGGGAGGAGUCCUGGACAUCCUGCAGCCACAGCUCACCAAGGACUCGUGGCAGCGCUGUGAAGCCGUGAAGCUGGUGUUUGCCUGGAGUCUUCUGCAGGUGACCCGCCCAGGACUCUCACCUCACCUGUCCCGCCUCCUUCCCCCCUCCCUCCUCUUCAGUGACCACCACAGACUGGAGAACUGCAUGCUGGGAGUUCGCUGUCUGCACCAUAUCGUGCUCAACACGCCGCCUGCAGAGCUGCAUCAGUUCAACAGAGCCGAGGUUCUUUAUGAGGCGUUAUUCAAACACCUGUACAGGACUGAGGCCGCCGUCAUCCAGCUGGUCCUGUCCUGCCUCUUGGACCUGCUGGUGGUUCUGGAGAAGCCCCCCUCCUCUUCCACCUCCUCCCGCAGGAAGCCGUGUCGCCAUGACGACGUGCUGCGUCUCAUGCUGACCCACAUGGAGGCGGAGAACAAGGUGGUGCUACGGCGCGUCUAUGCUGCUGCUCUGCCGGCGUACAUCGACAGGGUGGGCGUGGCUGUGUGCAGACACCUGUGGCGGCUAGAGCGGGUGGUGCUCGGGUACCUGGAGGUCAGAGACCCACCUGAGGAGGCGAACCGGCUGAGGAUGCUGGAGGCGCUGCAGAAGACGACCAGAGCGGCGUGGCCACGGAUGGCGUGUCGUGUCGACGUGUUGCUGCGUUGCUUGCUGCGGCUGAUGGUUGACGUCUCCUCGGACUCGGAGCUCUGUGAUUCGCUCAGACGGCAGCUGAUGGAUGAAAGCGCCGCCUGCCUCCGGCUGCUGGACGCCGCCUCACACGGACACGUGCAGCGCCUCCUCCAGGAGGUUGACAGCAGCUGCUGCAGCCUGGAGGUGCUUGGUUGCCUAGCUACAGCAGCCACUGCGACUGACAGGUGAAGCUGCGAGCCUGGAGGCGGAGCUUUCAGAGCCACGGCGAGCAGCUGCGGCCUCCUGACACUCAGCAGACGUUUAAAGACAAACGGCAGCACGUUGGCGAAGCUCACGGCACGUCACAGGAAGUAAUCUGGAUACAGGAAGUUUGAAGAGCCGUGUGCUGACAGGUUUGACGGCGCAGAACUGAACUCUGAGAACUCUCACGUGUGUGCGACUGUGACGCGGCGCUCUGUAGCUUCAGGUUAUUGUUUCAUAACCAUGUGAUUAAUAAACGUCAUCGUGGGGCUUGAACGGCUCCGCGGAGAAAACCAAACAUGGCCGACUGUUUUCAUCCUCGUCUCUGUAGAUGGACACAGAUCUGUGAUGAUGUUAGAGCGCCGAUAUCGCAUCACUCUGAUCAUGGCGCGACGGCACACAACCUGCUGCAGGCUAGGGCUGUUAGGGUCCCUGGGUCGUUGACCCAGUGUUUUGUGUUUUUGGUUCUUUGAUUUUGUUAUUUCAUUAUAUUCUAGCUUUGCUUUACGGGUUUUAGGAUCAUUCUUAGUUUAGGUUCUCUGGGUGGGGUUGGUUAGAGUUUUAGUGUUCUGGUUUUCUGUCUGUGUUCCAUAGUUGCUGUCUCCCCUGUCUGCUGUCUCCCCAC